AUGAAGUUCUCUCACAGCAUCCAGUUCAAUGCUGUGCCGGACUGGAGUGCUUAUUAUCUGGCUUACAGCAACCUCAAGAAACUGAUUUAUUCUUUAGAACAGGAAGUGCAUCAUCGAUCGGCCGGACAUGAACAUGCAGAUGUUGAACAAGCCCCAUUGCUAGAUGGCGGCAGUCUAAACACUGAUGCGAUAUUCCGUCGGGCUCUAGAUGCAGAACUCGAAAAGAUUUGCUCAUUUUAUCAAUCCAAGGAGGCGGAGAUAUUCACUGAGGUUGAGGACGUCCUCAGAGAUGCCGAGGAAUAUGCGCACAGGGCCGAUACUAUGAAUGUCGAUCCCAUGAGUGACGCCAUGAUCAAGGGUCGCACAGCCAGUUCAAGCUCUAGGCAGCGGCCGGGGAGCAUUGUUCGUCGGGUGCCAUCGAACCAGGAACGGCGUCAUAGCGCAUUCAGUGAAACUUUGGCCGAUGAUGAUGAUGACGAUGCAGACAGUGACGACGAACCUGGGACGCUGUCGAAUCAAUAUCGACCGCAGUCGCAUGGCGCCGAGUCUAGCAACCCGGAUGGUAGUCGUACGGACGACAUGAGGGAUUCUGUGCUCUGGGGGGCUGAUUCCCGGCUUCUGGGCUACAGCGGUCCGUCCGCGCACCGCGGGGGUGCACCCGACGAGCAUUUUUCGGACCCAAUCGUCGUAGACCUCUACAAUGCCGGGCUCUCGCUGAAGAAGCGGGCUGUUGCGGCUUAUGUUUCCAUCUGUGGACUCAAGUCGUACAUCCAGCUUAACAAGACUGGGUUCUCCAAAGCACUGAAGAAGUACGAUAAGAUCCUUGACCGCAAUUUGCGUCGAGAGUACGUGAAUUCGGUCGUGUCUUUGACGUAUCCCUUCAAGGAUUCUACCAUGGAAAAGGUGGAUGACAACAUUCGCAAAGUCGAGGAGGUCUACGCGAAUGUCGUCACCACCGGUAACAUUCCCCUCGCCAAACGUGAACUCCGUCUGCACCUCAGGGAACAUGUGGUGUGGGAGCGAAACACGGUCUGGAGGGAAAUGAUUGGCAUCGAAAGGAAGGCUCAGGCUGCGAACGUCGGUAUUCGCAGGACGCUUCUUGGUGGAGAUGAGGAUCCUUCCAAAGCACGACGCCAAGGAGACGAGCAGGAAGUCAUGCCCAAGAUGAUCCGGACGCCUUUUGGAACCAUCCGAAUCCCGCAGUGGCUCUGUAGUCUGAGUCUUGUCACCCUCGUUCUCAUCCUGCUUGUGUUUGGCAUUUUACUUUCGGUCCCGAUAAUGGAGAAGCCUGAACAGCAGAAUUGUCUGGCCAUGCUUGUUUUUGUCAGUUUGCUGUGGGCUACAGAGGUUAUUCCUCUAUUCGUCACAUCGCUACUCAUUCCUUUCCUCGUCGUGAUGCUCCGUAUCAUGUUGUCCGACAACAAGCCUCACGAACGCUUAGGCCCCAAGGAAGCCACCGCCGCUGCUUUCAGCGCCAUGUGGACGCCAGUCAUCAUGCUGUUGCUCGGUGGCUUCACCAUCGCUGCGGCGCUUUCCAAGUACGAUAUCGCUCGUCGUAUGGCCAUGUUCGUCCUGAGUAAAGCCGGGUCCAAUCCCAACAUCUUGCUUCUCACCAACAUGUUUGUGAGCAUGUUUCUGAGUAUGUGGAUCAGCAACGUCGCCUCGCCAGUGCUCUGCUACUCAAUCAUCCAACCUCUGUUGCGAAACCUGGAGCCCGACUCCAGCUUUGCCAAGUCCCUUGUUCUAGGUAUUGCUUUGGCCGCCAAUGUGGGCGGUGCCGCGUCGCCUAUCGCGUCUCCUCAAAACAUCAUCGCUUUGCAGAAUAUUUAUCCGAGCAUGAGCUGGGGGACCUGGUUCUUCAUCUCACUCCCGGUGUGCAUUCUGUCCAUUGUCGCCAUCUGGAUGCUUCUGGUGCUCACCUUCAAACCCGGUCGUGAGACGGCCGUCGCCAUCCGUCCCUUGAAAGACAAGUUCACUGGAGUUCAGUGGUUCAUCAGUAUUGUCACACUGUCAACCAUUGCGUUGUGGUGUGGCAGUCACCAACUCGAGCAUAUUUUCGGAGACAUGGGCGUAAUCGCCAUUAUUCCGAUGGUCCUGUUCUUUGGCACGGGUAUCCUCAACAAAGAAGAUUUCAACAACUUCCUCUGGACGAUCAUCAUUCUGGCCGCUGGUGGGCUCUGCCUUGGAAAGGCGGUCACGUCUUCUGGUCUCCUUCACACCCUUGCGAAUGCGAUCCGCAUGCGGGUGGAACAUCUCAGUCUUUAUGGUGUGCUGCUUGUAUUCUCCGCCCUCAUCCUGGUCAUUGCCACGUUUAUCUCCCACACCGUGGCAGCCCUGAUCAUGCUCCCGCUGGUACGACAGAUCGGACUCGGCAUGGACGACCCGCACCCCAACCUGCUCGUGAUGGCGAGCGCAUUGAUGUGUUCGGUGGCCAUGGCUCUACCGACCAGUGGCUUCCCUAACAUGACGGCCAUCAUGACCGAGGUACCCCAGACGGGCCAGCGGUAUCUGCAAGUCCGUCACUUCUUCACACGCGGUAUCCCCGCCAGCUUGAUGUCCUUUGCCGUGAUAGUAACGGUGGGAUACGGGUUGAUGUACAUUGCUGGACUCCACGCGGCGCGAUCUGGUCCGGGCAUGCUUCUUUAG